AUGUCGCAGAAAAUUGUAGAUAAGGUAUCGGAAUACCUAACAUCAAACAUACCUAUUAAGUUAAUUUCACAAGGUGCAGAAGCGGUUGUUUUCACCACAAAUGUACAUCCUUAUUUACCAAAAGAUCAAAUAGGAGAUGAUUCUGAUGUACAAUAUAUUAUCAAGUAUAGACCUCCAAAGGAAUAUAGACAUCCAGAUAUUGAUAAAUCUUUGACCAAACAUCGUACUUUAAGUGAGACAAGAAUAUUAGCAAAACUAUAUCAGAUCAAAGAUAUACAUGUUCCAAAGAUUAUUGCUAGUGAUGUGUUUAAUGGUUGCAUUUGGUUGGAAUUUUUGGGUGAAGAACUACCAAAUAACGCAGGUUUCAGUAAUUUAAAACAUUUUCUUUGGAUGUACAACAAAGACGGUGCCAAUGCAUAUGAUCCAAUAGUUUUACGUACAUUAUAUGAGGUUGGUCGACAAGUAGGCUUACUUCAUUGGAAUGAUUACUGUCAUGGCGAUCUAACUACUUCUAAUAUUGUUUUGGUUAGAGAUAUCCAUAAUGAGAAUAGCUGGCAGCCACAUUUGAUAGAUUUUGGAUUAGGAUCAAUUUCUUCCAUGGUUGAGGAUAAAGGUGUCGACUUAUAUGUGUUGGAAAGAGCUAUCCUCAGCACACAUUCAGCAUACGCAGAGAGGUACAAUAAAGCAAUAAUUGAAGGUUUUUCAUCAGUUUAUAAAAACGAAGGCGAAGCUGGUUUAAAGAAAUUGAAUGAAUUAUUGAAUAGAUUUGAAGAAGUCAGAUUACGUGGGAGGAAAAGAAGCAUGAUUGGUUAA